ACCACGCGGCGGACGGCCGGGGCAGGCGCUGCAAUUCUCAGCUGCGCUAUUCUCGCUGCCGCGCGCACGGCACGCCUUCCUAACAUAUUGACAUCAAAAUUUGGCGCGAUGCCAAUGUCGUGUGUCGCGUACGGCUGCAGUUCACGUGACAGUCCCAGCAGGACAGUGCGGUUUUUCCGAUUUCCGUCGGUAAAACGAGAUCGACAGCGCCGUGAAGCCUGGAUUAGGGCUGUGAAGCGGCAAGAUGCGCAAGGGCGUCCAUGGCAGCCGUCAGCAGCAUCUCGACUCUGCGGGAAGCACUUUGUGACAGGGGCACCUUCACUGUCACCCAGACAUCCGGACUUCAUACCGACGCUGUUCGUGUAUACAGACCAGUUCAGAAAGAAGGACGCGGUCGACCGCCAUGUUCGUACCGCGGCGCGUUCCAAGAGGAAAACAGGCGCUCCACCAACAGCAGGUACAGAGGUUUCAGGUCAAGGAGGAACUUGUAAAGGUCACAGUGAUGGGGAACCAGACACGUCCUGUGUUCAGGGUGCAGACUCUUCAUUCGACGAGGAAGGAGCAGCUGAUGCACUCUUGCUGCUUGCAACAUCCCCAAUGCUCACUGAGCCACAGGAGGUCCUAGAGCCAACGCCCUUAAGCAGAGAGGAGAACACUGACCACCUAUUAACUGAAAAUGUGGCAUUACAACGGAAAGUCAGGGAUCUAGAACUGCAAUGCAGAAAGCUAAAACGCUGCACGUUUUCUGUGGAUACUAUUCACAAAUCGUCUUUUAAGUUUUAUACAGGACUGCAAAGUAAGGAACAGUUUGAAGCACUCUUUAAGCACAUUGAAAAAAAUGCAGAACGCAUGGUUUAUUGGGAUGGAGGAAAAACACAAGCAAAGGAAAGACAGCUCUCCAAACGCGAAGAACUUUUCAUGGUGCUGUAUAGGCUCAGGACUGGUGUUUGUGCCAAGGAAGUGGCUCGAAUCUUUGGAAUUUCUCAGUCAUGCCUUAGUCGCAUCUUUUGUACAUGGGUAAUUUUUCUCGAUAAAGAGCUCUCAGCAUUGACAAGGUUUCCCACAUUAGCAGAGAUCAAAAGGCACAUGCCAAUGGCAUUCAGUGACUUCUCAAACACUAGAGUCAUCCUUGAUUGCACAGAGGUGAGAAUCCAAAGACCUUCAAAACUACAGGCACAGAGGCAUACUUUCUCCUCGUACAAGCAUUAUAACACAUUCAAAGCACUUGUUGGGGUAACACCAGAUGGCUACGUUUCAUUUGUGCCAGAUUUGUGGGGUGGGCAUGUUAGUGAUAGCGAAGUUGUCGAAAAAUCGGGCCUACUGGGUUUAUUAGAUGCGGGGGACGGUGUGAUGGUCGACAAAGGCUUUAGGUUGGAGGGCGUUUUUCCACCAUCUAUUCAAAUCCACAUACCACCAUUUAAAAUGGGGAACCAAUUGUCAGCUAGUGACGUGAUUGCCACCCGAAAAAUAGCUGGCGCUAGGAUCCAUGUUGAGCGAGUCAUAAGACGUAUCAAAGAAUUUCAUUUUUUAGACAAACCACUGCCAAUCAACAUGCUCGACAUUAUUGACAGCAUUUUUAGGACUUGCGCCUUUUUGUGCAAUUUUCUACAGCCAAUCAUUUCAAUCAAUAAUGAGAACAAGUAGCCAGCUCGCACAUCUCUACUUCAAAUGAGCCUCCUUUACCAUGCUUAUGACCAGAAGAGACCAGACAGUGUAACAAAAGUGUACUCUCAUACUAUAUCACGUGUACUUACGACGACGCUGUCUACUGUGCUACCUUCUGAGGAAAUUUGUAUUUUCCAUCUCUGAAUAAAUGAUACUGCUUUUUCAGUUA